GGGGCGUAUGGCGUGGGGGGUUCCGAGGGAAGACUGCUCCAGACUCGAGAGAUCGCUCUCCACAAAGGCAAAGCCGCUGGGGACCUGGCAGGCCUGAGAGAACUGGGCUGGAGGGACCAGCAUCCUUGGAUCGUGGAGAAUAUGCCUCUGGACCCCGCAGCCAAUCAGCAGCCUCGGCCUUUCUGCCCUCGAGGGGGGCGGACCCGGUUGAAACCUGCUGUGGUGGGCGAGGUGCAGUGCUUGAGGGUCAGGGAAUUAGUUGUUCGUCCUCCCUGCUCGCCACUGCCCCUAAGCCCCGACAUCACUUUGGAGCUCAGAGGCGGGGGGAGGGAGUGAUUCGCAAGUCACCCUUUUAAUCUGCUUCAUUUGCAGCCCGGAGGGGCAGAGGUUUGAGAUGGAAUGCUGUCUUUGGGGCUGUUUUAUACUUGCACCCACACCCCUAUUUGACCAGAGGUUCUAAAUGACCCAGAGCACAUCCCACUUGACUCGCCAAGUAUGGGGGACCUCCACGAACAUUUAGAUUAUAAAGACAGACGAGAUAGGAACUGUCUUUUCAUUGGCUCUCCAGUAAAGCUGUAUUCUGCAGGAAGAGGGUAAGGAAUGUCGAAUCAAAGCUCUGGACUGCUAUCGUUCAUUCGUUCAUUUACUCAGUGGUCACUGAGGGUUUACUUCGUGCCAAACACUAUGCUAGCUACUGGGGAUACAAUGACUGAUAUGAUAGAUGUGCGUCCUGCCCUCCAUGCGUAUAGCCAGCUAUUGUAGCCUAGGUUCCCACCUCCCUCCAUGUUCAGAUGUUGACCCUGUCUUCUUCUCCCAGGUCCAGCCUGUGGUGUCCACAAUGCCCCAGGCUUCUGAGCACCGCCUGGGACGGACCCGAGAGCCACCUCUUAAUAUCCAGCCCCGAGUGGGAUCCAAGCUACCAUUUGCUCCCCGGGCCCGGAGCAAGGAGCGCCGAAAUCCAGCCCCUGGGCCAAAUCCCUUGUUACGACCUCUGCCUCCUAGGCCAGGUCCCCCUGAGGAACGGCUCAAGAAACUGGAGCUGGGACGGGGACGGACCUCAGGCCCUCGUCCCAGCGGCCCACUUCGGGCAGAUCAUGGAGUUCCCCUGCCUGGCUCACCACCCCCAACUGUGGCUCUGCCUCUCCCAUCCAGGACCAACCUAACCCGUUCCAAAUCUGUGAGCAGUGGGGACUUGCGUCCAAUGGGGAUUGCCUUGGGAGGGCACCGUGGCACUGGAGAGCUAGGGGCUGCACUGAGUCGCUUGGCUCUUCGGCCUGAGCCACCCCCUCUGAGACGCAGCACCUCUCUCCGCCGCCUCGGGGGCUUUCCUGGGCCACCCACUUUGUUCAGCAUACGGACAGAGCCCCCUACUCCCCAUGGCUCCUUCCACGUGAUAUCUGCCCGGCCCUCUGAACCUUUCUACUCCGAUGACAAGAUGGCUCAUCACACACUGCUUCUGGGCUCUGGUCACAUUGGCCUCCGCAAUCUGGGGAACACGUGCUUCCUGAACGCUGUGCUACAGUGUUUGAGCAGCACCCGGCCUCUUCGGGACUUCUGUCUGCGAAGGGACUUCCGUCAAGAGGUGCCUGGAGGGGGCCGCGCCCAGGAGCUCACUGAAGCCUUUGCAGAUGUGAUUGGUGCCCUGUGGCACCCUGAUUCCUGUGAAGCUGUGAAUCCUACCCGAUUCCGAGCUGUCUUCCAGAAAUACGUUCCCUCCUUCUCUGGAUACAGCCAGCAGGAUGCGCAAGAGUUUCUGAAGCUCCUCAUGGAGCGGCUACACCUCGAAAUCAACCGCCGAGGCCGCCGGGCUCCACCAAUCCUGGCCAGUAGUCCUGUUCCCCCCCCACCCCGCCUCGGAGGGGCUCUGCUAGAAGAACCUGAGUUAAGCGAUGACGAUCGAGCCAACCUAAUGUGGAAGCGUUACCUGGAAAGAGAGGACAGCAAGAUUGUGGACCUGUUUGUGGGCCAGUUGAAAAGUUGUCUCAAGUGCCAGGCCCGUGGUUAUCGCUCCACGACCUUCGAGGUUUUUUGUGACCUGUCCCUGCCCAUCCCCAAGAAAGGAUUUGCUGGGGGCAAGGUGUCUCUGUGAGAUUGUUUCAACCUUUUCACCAAGGAAGAAGAGCUAGAAUCGGAGAAUGCCCUCGUGCGUCACCGAUGUCGGCAGAAAACACGAAGUACCAAAAAGUUGACAGUACAAAGAUUCCCCCGAAUUCUCGUGCUCCAUCUUAAUCGAUUUUCCGCCUCCCGAGGCUCCAUCAAGAAGAGUUCAGUAGGUGUAGACUUCCCACUGCAGCGACCGAGCCUAGGGGACUUCGCCGGCGACAAAGCCGGAAGCCCCAUAUACCAGCUCUAUGCCCUUUGCAACCACUCGGGCGGCGUCCACUGCGGCCACUACACAGCCCUGUGCCGGUGCCAGACUGGCUGGCAUGUCUAAAUGACUCUCCGUCUCCCCGUCAGUGAAGACCAGGUGGCAUCCAGUGAGGGCUACGUGCUCUUCUACCAACUGAUGCGGGAGCCGCCCCGGUGCCUGUGAAACCCUUUCAACACCCUGAAGCCCCCCGGCUCCCCAUUUACCUCAGAGACGUCCAUUUUUGUGUCUUUUUAAUCGGGGAGGGGGGAGGGGGUGGUUGUACCUCCGUUAUUUUUUUUAUUAAAAAAUACCCUUUCACCUGGAGGCUCUCUUGUCUCCCAGUCCCAUGUACAGAGCUCCACAGGCCCCCGCCCGUGUACAGCCCCCAGACCCUCUACAGUCUCAUUUUUUGUGUGAAUAAAUUUAUUAAAAAAACAAAAA